GAAGCCAUUAUUUUAGGGGUGUCCGUCACGUUGUCAGCCAUGGUCCAGCCAACUGCUGAAGAGCUAGAUGACCUUACUGCUGCUGCACAGAAGCUGUGGGAGCUUGACGAAAACCGCCUUAAGCCAGGAGUCGACUACGCUAUCAACCUUCAGCACGGCAAGUCGAUAUGGCAGCGAGGCGAUGCUGCCCCGGAGAAGCUGUUCAAAGGAGUCAAGAGGGACGUAUGGCAGAAACCAACGUACUUAAUGUAGGUUGUCGUGGUCCCCGAUGUUCGCGGCUCUACUCAAACUGCACAUUCUACAACCUACUUGAUAACUACGAGCGCGAGACGGGCCAAGCCGAGGUGGAGACAGCGCAGGAGCGCAAGGAGGUCAAUGGCUUCCUCGAUGCCGUACUGCGCACAAAGGUCAUGCAGUACUGUCAUCGGUAUUGCGCCGAGCGCGGAGUGGCACCGGCUGGGGUGGCGGACUUCAAGGAGAGGCUGUACCAGGUGCGACACACACACAGUACGCCAGUUUUCUUAACACACAGUACGCGGCUCCUGCGGCGGUUCUGUGGGGACUUCAUCUUCCGACAAUCAAAGUACGUUCCUACUCGCGGCCAGUUUUCUUAACACCCAGUACGUUGCGACUCGCGGCCAGUUUUCUUAACACACGCACCUGUCGACACCCAGAGUGUCAGAGCACCCUUACGCAGCUCAGUUGCGGCAACACAUGCAUACCAGCUCGCUUACGCAGCUCGCAGUUGGUUCGACAUAUAUGAGUCCGAUGUGGUUCAGCUUCUACCGCCGGGACGGUCAGAACGACUCGUGCGGCUUCGAGCACGUGUUCGUGGGGGAGAGCAAGGGGGACGUGAUCGUGGGCUUCCAUAACUGGAUCCAGUUCUACAUUGAGGAGGGUCGCGGCCACGUGGACUACCUGGGCUACGUGCGGCCACGACCCGCGGGUCGGCAGGUCCCCGACACCGCCGACAACGAGGACCGGCUGGUUUCGGUGCAGUUCAGCUGGCGCGGCGAGGAGAAGAGCGCGUCCACAUUCUUCGUGGGCACCUCCCCCGAGUUUGAGCUGGCGCUCUACACGCUGAUCUUCCUGUGCAACCCCCAGCAGGACAAGACCUUUCUGGAGCUGGGACCGUACGACAUGAAUGUCGUGUGCUACCGCAUCAGAUCCAAGUACGGCGACAAGGUGGCCACCGCAUACCCGGAGCUGCUCGGAGAGGACCCGAGCAACGAGCUGCAGGCAGGGGCGCUGUAGGGGAGGAGGAAGGAGGAGGAAGGAGGAGGGAGUGCGCGGCGGCAGCGUGGCCAGGGGAAGGAAGGGCGGUGAUGCUGUGAUGUUUGUGAUGCUGUGAGCUGCCUGAUAUAUGCUGUGAAUGCAUACGCAUACGGGUACAGCCUUAAUCCGUAUGUGACCCUCGGGUCACCUCGUACUAUGGCUUCGGAUGAUGAUUAAUUAUCAUUAUCGGCGUGCACUGUACGUGUGUGCCUGCUGUUGUUUACUGCUAAUCAUGCCUUUCGUCGAGUAAACGCGAAGUGUCCAAUAUGGUUCUAUCCCUGCAUUAGGGACGUUGUCAAGAAACGUUAGGGGACGUCCUCCAAAAGCAGGGUGCUGCUGAACAGAUAGGUAGCUGGUAGCUAGCAGGCUAGAGGUGCUGCAGGAUAGCAGGCUAGAGGUGCUCCAGCUGCAACGGACCUUCAGACAUCCAUGCCCGCAGACAGCGGCGCGUCGUUACCCACACGCACACUGCCGGGGGGUAAAAAAUAUAUAUAUGAUGAUGAGACACUGACGAAGCAACUGACGAGCUGUAU